GUUCCAAAAAGAAAAAUGGCCAGAGGGUAACAUGCUGGGUUAUUUGUCUCGUCCUGUGAAGUCUCGCAAAAUUUGGGGUGAUCUAUUAUACGGGUUGAUUAGAAUUUGUUAGUUAACGAAUUAAAUUCAACGGUCAUGUUUGAGCUUAAUUUGUGUUAAUUUCAAAGUAGCGGAGUGAUCCUAAGAUUUCCUUUCAAUUGUUACCUAGUUUCUCGAAAACGAGUUUGCCAGUCAACGCAAACCAGGUUUAACAUUUUAUUGUACCUCUGUACAAGCCAAAGUACUGGAUGCUGACAGUGGCUGUUGCUGAUAUCUAAGCUUAUAAAACACCUAAUUUAUAUGCAAGUUUUAAGAUUUCAAAUAUGACCUCAACAGCCAUGAAAGGCCCUAUAGAAAUUAUUUACAUUUCUGAUGAUGAACCAAAUGAUUGUUUGAUCAAUUCUGCUGGUUCAUGUUUGAAAUCAGGUAGUCAAGCCAUGAGUAGUGAUGGCAAACGGCUGCUCCAUAACUUGCAAGAAGUUGUAUCGCGAAGCGACUUGACCAAUCUGGAGAGUAGUAACACAAAAGUUUCCUUGGACAUGAAAAAAAAUCAUGGUGAAAUAUCCAGUUUAUCAAAACAUCAAAGUCCAAUUAAAACUUAUUGUGUUAACAUUUCUUCUACUGAUGGAACCCGUAAAUGGUUCAAUGUUGUACCAUACAAAGCUAAGGUAAAAACCAAUCCCAGCAAUGAUGGUAGUCAACCAAGUUCCUCGUCAAAAAUCGCUUCAUUACAAGAUAUCCGUGGUGACCAUCAAUGCAGUUCCGCAUCCUUAUCUGAAAAUUUAGAAAAAGAAAACGGGAAAACACCACGUUCCACGAAAUCGCGAAGAAAAGUUGUUUCCGCAGAGGAGUGCGACACUUGCUCACCCCCGUUUCACACAUGCAAACAAUUUGCAAACAUUACCGGCAAUUUCACACCAAAUAGGAGGAACAUCAAAUUGAAUAAAUUUGUCGAGUUGAAGCCAAUUGAUAUUUAUAAAUGUGAAGUAUGCUCAAAGGCAUUCUCCAGAGAAUGGAUUCGUGUUCGUCACCAGUUGAUUCAUACAGAUCCAGGAACUUGGAAUAACUGCACACUCUGCAGAUAUAAAACGCCACAUAUUACUUCCAUGAGACUCCACUUGAAGCAUCACAAAGCCAGAGGUACUUUGAGAAAAAUAAAAGUACCACAAACAGAAAUAAUUGACCAGGCAAAAAUAAGGAAGAUAAAGGAGAAAAGAAGACCGUUCUGGCAGUGUAUUUAUUGUCAAAAGAAAUUCCAACUGGCGGAUUAUUGCGAACAACAUGAAUUAUGUUGCCGUGAAGGAAACAGGGGUAGGCGAUCGAAAGUAUUGGCAAGGCAACUGAGAGAAGCCCCGAGCCAUCCUGAGAAAUAUCAAUAAAAAGUUGGGAAAGAAUUAAUGGCGCCGCAGAUGUAUGACAAGGAGUCGGUGCGAAUUUUCCGUGUCUAGGGUAUUUAAAACAGUAUUGUAACAAAGCGAUAGUUGUUCAGAAAGGAAAUACCGUGUAAAACUAGUCCAGGAAGGCAGGAAGUAGUGGCCCGAGCUCCGUAAAUAAUUCUAGGGUUUCCUCCUAUUUGGCGAGUGGUUAAUAUUCACAGUAAGAUUUCAGUUAAGACUGAUAUCCAAAAUUACAUCCUCGGAAGAGAAUGUAAAUAUUUUAGAUCCAGAAAUACGUCUUCAAAGAGAAAGUACAUUUUUAUUUUGCGGAUGAUUUCUGCAGAAACCAAGAAGUAUUUCCAAUAAACAAGUACAGUUUUCUUUAAAAUGAACGUUUUACCUGGUUACCAGAGAAGGAUUUGAAACUAUUUUAUCUGUGGCAACUUGUUCUAUUUGCGAGCAGAUCAAAUAGAAUGCAAACUUCCUGUAAGUUACCUGUCUGUCCAGUAUUUGAAAAAUAAUUUUUAAAACCAUUUUUAAAAAUAACAGCUGCUAUACAUUUUUUUAAAAGUAGACAAACAAAUGCAGGAGUAAAUAUUUUAACGUUUGUUAGAAUCUAAUAAAAACUCGAUCGAUUAA